AGCGAGUAUCCUGCAUCUGCCACAACUACCGCUAGGCCGCGCUUUCUUGCGUCUAAUGCAACGCUGUAAAAACUUUCGAUCGCCUCCGAUCUAGAGACCAGGAUCUGGCCGCACGGAAGAUUCUGUACAAAACCCUGACAUCAGGCUUGCGCCGACUGCUUCUCAUACUUGCCCAAAGAUAAGACCAACUUCCUUGUUUUUUUCUUAUAUCUAUCCAAGUGAUCCUCUCUCUGCCCUCGCCGAGUUUUGCCUCAUCCGUCUAUCGACUCUGCUGUGCCUCAGUCCUGAACCGUCUCCAGCCGCUCGAGCGACGGUCUCAGCACAUCGACCCCUUGUUGCGACUUUGUGCACGCGAGCUCUUUCCUUAUUCUACUUGACAACCAGCGACUGCAAUCCAACAUGCCAGCCGAAAGAGCACCCAUCCCGUCCAAUUGGACCGAGUACGAAAGAGGCGGACGUAGAGGCUCAUCCGAGACUCUGGAGAGCCAUGUUCAAUGGGGUGCAGAUGUCCACGAUGCCCCUGAGCAUGCUGCCGGUUCGCCAGAUGCUCACAACACUCAGGGACUGCGGCAUAGAAGGUCGUCAAUGUCCAUGAAGAUCAACACGCUGCGCCAAGCUGGUGGUGUCAACAGUAUCGACAACUUUGCACGAUCGUGGCAACGUGCAGCUGGCUUCUACGAAAUCGCACCCGUCAGACCGUCAUUCCGUGUGUCCGAAAACGACGACGAGAGCAUAAGAGAUCCGGAAGAAUAUGGCAGACAAGACAUUGCGUCAUCCUUUGGAGAGCAGAGAGGCCUUCUCAGACAAGCCCUGGCAGACGGACGCAAGCUUUCAGACAAUGCCAUUUCAGAUGCUGGAGAGCCUUCGGAAGCAGGCACUAUCCGCGGUCGUGCUCAGGCCGAUGACAGCAUCUUCCAGAUUGAGCCUCAACUGUCGACCCCAUUCAGCGCUAGCUAUGGAACAACCUACGGCAGUCUGUCUUCAAGAGUCAACGAGUCUUCCAUGCGCCAUGCUGGACGUCUCUUCCAGAAGCAGCAGAUGCAAGGCGCAAACGACCCGGACAAGGAGCGUGAGCCACUGCUUGUCAAGCAAGUCGAAGAAGACGACGGCAAGAUUGUGAACGUUGUUGUUGGCCAAUCUACCCUCCCUCAGACCAUCUUCAACUCAGUCAAUGUCUUGAUCGGUGUUGGUCUCCUUGCACUUCCUCUAGCUUUGAGGUACUCUGGUUGGGUUUGUGGUUUGGCUUUCUUCGCUUUCGCCGCUGUUUCUACCCAGUAUACGGCAAAGCUCUUGGCCAAGUGCUUGGAUGUCGACAACUCUCUCAUCACAUUUGCCGAUCUUGCCUACGUCUCCUUCGGUUCUAAGGCUCGCAUCGCAACCAGUCUUUUGUUCAGUCUGGAGUUGGUCGCAACUUGCGUUGCUCUCGUCGUUCUUUUCGCUGACAGUUUGAACGCCCUCAUCCCUGGUUGGGGUCUCAUGGAGUGGAAGAUUGUUUGCGGUUUCAUCUUGAUCCCUCUUUCCUUCUUGCCCUUGAGAUUAUUGAGUUUCACCAGUAUUCUUGGUAUCGUGUCUUGCUUCGGCAUUGUCGUCUGCGUAGUCAUCGAUGGUUUUAUCAAGCCCAACACUCCUGGCUCUCUUCGUGAGCCCGCCAAGACUUACCUGUUCCCUGAGAACUGGGCCACUCUCCCUCUGAGUCUGGGUCUUCUGAUGUCACCUUGGGGAGGCCACAGUGUGUUCCCCAACAUCUACCGCGACAUGAGACACCCUUACAAGUACUCUCGUGGUGUCAACAUCACCUACGCUUUCACCGCUACCCUCGAUUUAUUCAUGGCUGUCGUGGGUCUUCUUAUGUUCGGUGAUGCCGUCAAGGACGAAGUCACCAGCAACAUUCUUGCUGAUGAUGGGUACCCUCAGUGGCUUUCUGUUAUAAUCGUUGUCUGUGUGGCUAUCAUCCCUCUGGCUAAGAUUCCCUUGAACGCCCGCCCUAUUGUCAGCACCCUGGAGAUUCUUAUGGGACUGGACGCUCGCGCCGUCAGCAACUCUACCGCGCUCCACGGAAUGUCUGGACUCAACCGUGGUAUUCUCAAGGCCACUAUCCGUAUCCUCUGCACUGUCGUCUUUGUGGUCUUGGGUAUCCUCAUUCCCGAGUUCGAUCGUAUCAUGAGUUUGCUCGGCUCUGUCGCUUGUUUCACCAUCUGCAUCAUCCUACCUCUUGCCUUCCAUCUCAAGAUCUUCGGCGAUUCGAUCCCCAAAUCCGAGAGAAUCAUGAACUGGGUUCUGAUCGUCAUCUCAUCCAUCCUUGCCAUCAUCGCCACAGCAUUCAACUUUAUCCCCAGAUCUGUGUUGGGCAUCGACGAGUAAGGCUUGGCUAUCACGACACUUCCCUUUUGGAUGCAUGAAGUUAUGAUCCUUUUGUGUUGAUGUUCUUUCUCUUUAUCUCUGUAUACCUGUCACCAAAAGACUACGUUUGUAAUUCUUGUGUUCUUCAUAGCAAUGGCGCUUUGUAAUAUCUUGGUUGCUUUGUAGCGCUUGUAAAUCAAUUUUUCCAUCUGAC